AUGCCCGAGUCCGUCUCGCGGAUCCACGCGCGCCACGGCCCCGAGAUAGCCGUUGCGGACGCUCAGCCGCAUUCCCGCAGCGGCAUUCCCACGAAUUCCAACCAGCAGUUCGACUCGCAGUCACCCGAGGUCGGAGCAUCCGGAGGGCGCCAUCCGUCCUCCAGCGGCGGCGGAGGGGCUCCGCGCAGCACCACCGGCGCGGGGAGCGGGGGCGUGGAGUCGAUUGCGGAGUGGAAGCGGCGAUCAGCGGAAGCGGGCGCGCACUUCUUCCCCCUGCAGCGCGCGGAAGACGCCCCCAGCAGGGACGAGCUGCACCGCUGGAUUCUCGUGCCUGGCGACGUGGGGGGCGGCUUGAAGGGCAACGGAGAGUCACACAGGGUAACGUCGGGAGGGGGGUAUUAUCUGCCACUGGUGGAGUACGACAGCACGCUGGUCUCCACGGCCAACGGCACAAUGGGCAACACCAUGGUCAACUACAGCACCAACAUCUACUCCGUCCAGAUCCCCAUCCCCGUGUAUCCGUACUACGUGAAUCUCAAGCUGGGGUCGCAGAAGCAGGAGUUCAGCAUGGCGCUCAACCUCGCUGUCCCGGACACCUUCGUGCCCUGCGACUGCCUGCACUGCGCCUCCAUGCGCAAGGGGACCACCUACAGCAAGCCCUUUAGCACGCUCUCCUCCACUACCCUCAAAUACAUUGCCUGCAGCGACCAGCGCUGCCAGGGGGGCGGUUACUUCUACGGCUGCAGCACAGAGGGGCUCCCCAACUACCUCAAAACCGUGGGCAUGCUCCCCGGGGACGACAAUCUCUGCGUGUACAGUGCAUAUAAUGAAGGCUUCGACUACUACGAAGCUGACUAUCGUGAGGGAUCGUACAUGUGGUCGGUGGGGCAUGUGGUGGAGGACACUGUCUACCUCACUGCACCUGACGGUACCGAAGUCAACCGAUCCAUCAUUUUCGGCUGUGGAGUGAACCAAACGGGCCACUGGGGCAUGCAGGGGUGGCAGUACGGGUCGUGGGCAGCUGGAGGCGUGCUGGGGCUGGGGUGGGGCAGCCCCUUCCUCUAUCAGCUCACCGGCCUUGGUAACCCAAGCGCCUUUGCCGUGUGUCUGGAGGAGACAGGCAGCAGCCAUCUCACCAUCGGAGCCACCGGCCUCCCUGCCGGCGCCAGCUAUGCCACCAUGGCCACUGAGAGGUGGGUCGGGAUGCUGUACAGCCACAUCACACUCACCAAUGCCACGAGCGCCCUCAACAUCACAGACGACCCUGCCUACGUAGACGGGGACUCAUCCUUCCUACCUGAGGGCUUUCCUGAAAACAUCACUCCGGGCUUCUCCUUCAUGCCCGAGUCCUUCGUGCAUCUCCUGCGCUACCCUCUCUUCACGAGCCUUAUUGAUGGGAUGCAAGCCAUGACAGGGCAAGACAUUCUCUUUGGAGAUCUUUUUCAGCUUCCAUGCUUCAGUGCCACCUCCGUGCACAACGCACCGCCCCCCCUCAAGCAGUCCGCAGUACAUGCUGCGACUGCAAGUAAGUCCUCUGACCUCCUUGUCUCUCUUUCCCCCUCACUCGCACCACAUUACCCGUCUUGCAGCAUCGAAAACGAGGCAGAGGAUCCGUUCACCACCUUCCCCACCAUCGACAUUGCUUUCAUCUCGCCCGACAACACCACCUCCCACUUCUAUCUCAAGCCGCGCGAGUACCUCACGAAUGUUUAUGGUCCUGAUUACUGCGUUUUGGCCACCUAUACUCCUUCAGAAAGAAAGGGGGUCAAUUACAUUGGAGAGCCGGGGCUGGUCGGAAAGUACCUCUUCCUCAACCACAACGACGGGAUUGGAGGAUGGAUGGACGCCCCUCACUGUGGAGCUGAGCCCCUGCUGCCGCCACCCUCCCCUCCUCCACCUCCCUCGCCUGUUUCCAAGAGGGCCACCCACUCCCUCUCCCCGCUGCCGGCAGCACUCUCAGCUGCCCUUGCCCUUGCCACCUCCGCCACCCUGCUUGCUCUCACUUUCCUCUAUCGAAUGUUGUUUUCCUCUUCCACAGAUCUAUCCUACUCCGUAGCCAUGGCCCGUAAGCGCAAGAGCGCAGCUACUGCUACUGACCAGUGCCCGCGGGAUCUCAACGAGAUCCCGUAUAUUGCUUGGAUGAACAAGCAGCUCGCGGCCGGACGCAAGCCCGGGGGCCCGUUGUCCGAAGGAAACGCCCGAGGCGGGGACACAUCUUACCAAGCCCCGCGUGAUGUCCCCACUCGCGGCCGCCGUGCGGCUGACCAUGUUGCCUCCUCGCGCGUGGUGGACGAUGCGGCGUUCGGUAGCGACGACGAUGACUCGGACUACAACGAGUGCGACGACGGCACCGAGGAUGACGCGGACUCUGGAGAGGAGGAGGACAAGGGCAUGUCCGACUCUGAGGAUGACGCCGACGCGGACGACGCCGACGCGGAUGAUGCCGACGGCGACGAGGAUGACGCACCUGAGGAGGCGCAGCCCGCAGCACAGACGUCUCGUCGCGGCCGUGGUACUUCCGCAUCCGGAGCCAAGACCGCCGAUAAGGGCGGCGAACCACCUCGUGGCGCGGCCAAGACACGCAACCUGCACCCGGUGAAGCGCAGCGUUUGGUCCCCCCGCGAGAGCACCAUUUUAGUGGCGGCUCGUUGGUUCAUGAAGGACGAACUCGAGCCACUCAUCGGCAAGCAAGGUUCACAGUACUGGGCACGCCUCGUCCGCCACAUCAAGAAAGAGAACACCGGGUGGGUGCGCGGAGUGAACGCGGUGCAGGAGCAGUGGCGCAAUCUGGUCACCAUGUUCAAGCAACUGAAAAAGGGGGAGAAGGCCUCGGGCAAGGGAGCGGUGUGUAAGCCACCGUGGUUCCCGUACAUGGAACUCUUCCAGAACAACAGGGCCGUGGCACACCCUCACGUCGUCGAUGGAGGUGGUGCGACACACGUUAACGUGCCUUGCGGUUGCACGGCGUAUGCGGCUUUCCUCGUGUAG